AUGAAAUAUUUAUGCAUUGACCCCUCGGGAACUGGGACAACCGGCAUAUUUUUUUUCACCGACGAUAAAUCAGAAUAUAAACUUUCCGAAUAUAAGAAUGUUAAUUGGGAAGAACAUUUGAAUUUUAUUGUUGAAAUCGUAAAAGAAAAACAACCCGAUAUCAUUAUUUAUGAGAACACUACCUAUAUUUAUGGCCGUCAACACCAAGGAACAGUUGGCUUAUAUAAACUAAUCGGUGGUAUCGUGGCUUUGAAAUAUGUCUUUGAUUUUAUUAAGGAAAUAAAUUCUAUAGCCGUUAACCAAGUUAAACCUUUUAAGGAUAAACUUUUUACUGGGCAAGAGCAAUUAGAGAACCUAACCUGCAAGGCAGGACGGG